GGUUCCUUCAGAGCGGAAGCAGCUGACCUGGCUUUGGGAAAUGCCAGUCAGUAUGACUGUGGAGGGAACCUGUUCUGGAUCGACUUUGCUUUCUCUGCUGUGCCCACUUUUGUCAGCCAGCAUGCAAUCGAAGUGUUGCGCUUAGACUACUUCUCGGAGCCGUGUGCUUGGCCAGCGGAACUGCCCGUGGUGGUGGCAGUUCAGCCUGCCUGGAAAGCCAAAGACAUUCAGAAGCAUUUCGGCAGUUUGCACAGGGUCUCGCCGGAAGAGAUAGACGCAGCUUUCAUCAAGGCUGUUGCUGAGGAGAUACGGGCCGGCGCAGCUGAGGAUACCCUCAAGCCGCUGGACUGA